AGUUCCCAAGGUUAACGAGUGUCGUCUGGGAUCGUACCCCAGAUUGACGAGAUUUGUUCGAGAUUCAAUCCAAAGAUUUUUGAGGGAGGUCUGAUAAAUUCUUUUUUUAAUUGGCUUGUGUGUGUGGAAACCAGCAGCAAUGGAUAUUAAGGCAUUUUUGGAGUCACCAACCCAAAAGGGAUUGGAGGUGGCGAAAAAGGAUGAUUUGAUAAAGAUUGCUACAAGGCUAAACCUUACAGAAGUAAAGCAGUCUAUGAGAAAGGCAGAUAUUCAGAGACUGAUAGCUGGCCAUUAUGUGGAAAAGAAGGUGUUUGAGAAGGAAGUGUUAAAACAGUUUCCUGGCAGUGAAAUAGCAAUUUCUGAGGCACAGGUGCAGCUGGCAAAGAUAGAGGCUGAACGAGAGCAAAAUAAAUUAGAAGCUGAACGAGAGCAAAAGAAAUUAGAGGCCGAACAAAAGAUAACUCAGAUGAAGAUAGAGGCUGAUCUAGCAAUGAAGCAGAUGGAGCUGGAUAACGAGGAGAAAAACAGGCAGCAUGAGUUACAAAUGAAGCGUAGGAGUUCGGAAUCUGAUUCUGAUGAUGGUUUUUCAGCCAGCAGGGAGGUUCGAUUAGUCCCUCCUUUUGAAGAAGAUCAGGUUGAUCAGUAUUUCCAACAUUUUGAAAAGGUUGCUGUGAAUUCAAACUGGCCAAGGAAAGGAUGGGCUCUUAUGGUACAGAGUGUGAUUAAAGGUAAAGCUCAAAAAGCUUAUUCUGCUUUGUCUGUCGAGGAUGCAGCUGAUUAUACCAAGGUAAAACAAGCUAUUUUGAAGGCCUAUGAAUUGGUCCCUGAGGCUUAUAGACAAAAAUUCAGAGACUUGAGGAAAUCUGCAGAUCAGACUUAUAUGGAAUUUGCCAAUGGAAAGAGAAUAUGUUUUGAACGAUGGUGCCUGGCUAAAAAUGUAGAUGGGGAUUAUGAUAAAUUGACAGAAUUGAUACUAGUGGAAGACUUUAAAAGAUGUGUUCCAGCUGAAUUAACAACAUAUUUAAAUGAAAAGGCAGUGGAAACUUUACAAGAAACUGCUAGGUUGGCAGAUGAUUAUGCUUUAACCCAUAAAUCCAAAUGGGGACAACCUAAAACCUUUCAAAGGAGUUACAAAGACAAUCCAGGGAAACCGGAGAUUAAAUUGGGAGGUAAUCAAAAAGGGAAGGAUGAAAAGAAGCCAGGGCUGGAGAAACCUGUUGAGCGUACUUGUUAUUACUGUAGGAAACCUGGCCACGUGAUAUCUAAUUGUGCCCUUUUGAAGAAAAAGAAGGAAGCUGGGCCCAAUGCUUGCUUUCAGGCAAUUAAAAAUCAAAAAGGUUUAGGAGAUGCUAUUAAAGAUCAGUCCUUGCAAGAGGUAAAAGCGGAAAAGUUGGAGGAGGUGAGAAAAGAAUUCCGUUCGUAUGUAUCAGAGGGUUUUGUUUCACUGAAUGAUGAGUCACCCCAGGUGCCAGUGAAAAUUCUUAGAGAUACUGGGGCUAGUCAAUCUCUCUUGCUGGACAGUGUUUUAAAUUUUGGUGAAGAAAGUGACACUGGUGAAGUAAAUCUAGUACGAGGCGUUACAGGUGAGACCAUGUCUGUCCCUUUUCACAGGGUGAUUUUAAAGUCAAAGUUCGUAGAAGGACCAGUUGAGAUAGGGAUAAGACCUAGUUUGCCAGUGGAAGGAGUUUCUUUGUUAUUGGGAAAUGACCUUGCAAAUGGAGAAAGUGAUCCUGUGGUACGGUUAACAACCAAACCAAGGAUUGAUGAGUCUGAGGAUGAUCCAGAUGUUUACCCAUCAUGUGCGGUGACUCGAGCUAGAGCUAGAGAAUUAGCCAAGACAGACAGUCCGGUGCAGUCUGAUGUGGUUCCUUGUGACAGUCCUAAACAGGAAGAAAAUUUUGAUGCCUUAUCUGAGACUUUUCUGUCUUCACUGGAGGAUCAACAUCCUUAUAGUGAGCCUGAAUUUAAAGAUUUGUCUUUGUCAAGGAAGGAUUUUAUGGUGGAACAGACAAAGGACCCUGAGUUGACAGAAUUGAAAGAAAAAGCACUCUCAUGUGAGGAGAUUGAAAAGGUGCCAACUGGAUACUAUGUCAAAAAUGGAGUGUUAAUGAGGAAAUGGAGACCUCCUCAUGUUCCUGUUACUGAGGAAUGGGAAGUUAUUCAUCAGGUUGUUGUUCCAAAAGUUUAUAGGGAUGAGAUUUUAAACCUGGCCCAUAGUAUGCCUUUGGGUGGUCAUUUUGGUGUGAAUAAAACUGUAGGGAAGAUCUUGAAACAAUUCUAUUGGCCUGGUUUGAGAAAAGAUGUGGUGAUGUUUUGUCGAACCUGCCACACAUGUCAGAUGGUAGGUAAACCAAAUCAAAAACCCCCUGUGGCUCCUUUGAAACCAAUUCCUGCUUUUGGUGAACCCUUUUCGAAGGUGAUUGUAGACUGUGUUGGCCCAUUACCAAAGUCUAAAACUGGAAAUCAGUAUUUGUUAACCAUCAUGUGUGCCACUUCUAGAUUUCCAGAGGCAAUACCCCUUAGAAAUAUUAAGGCCAAGACGGUGUCAAAGGCUCUUGUAAAAUUUUUUACCUUGUUUGGUUUGCCAAAAGAAAUCCAAUCUGAUCAAGGUAGUAAUUUUAUGUCAAAAAUUUUUCAACAAAUAGUCUAUGAGCUGGGAGCAAAGCAGAUUGUAUCAUCUGCAUAUCACCCAGAAUCUCAAGGAGCUCUGGAGAGAUUUCAUUCUACUCUCAAAAUAUGCUGAAGACUUAUUGCUUUGAAAACACCAAGGAUUGGGACGAAGGUAUCCAUUUACUUUUGUUUGCCGCGAUCGGAAG